AUGGACAACUUGUCAUUGUUGUUACUUAAGGAGUUGGUAUCAUACUUGCCACAAGUCAGUAGAAUUGAAGAUCCGAUCAAUGGUGACAAACCCUUGACCAUCAAACAUUCAUGUAGUAACAUAGGCUUGCCAGUCCCAUCAUAUGUGACAAACUUUAUGUAUCGUCCAACUGAGGCAGAGUGCGUGAAGCUGACACCUGGUUGUCUGCCAGAGGGACUACAGUCACUAGAACUUGGAAACAAUUAUAAUCAUCCAUUAACACCUGGUGUACUACCAUCAUCACUAACAGUACUAUCAACAGAGAUGUUCAAUCAACAACUACCUAGUAUACUACCAAGUGGACUUACCAACAUUAGCCUGGGUCGAGGCUAUAAUACCCUACUGCCACCACUCUCCCUGCCCAAAGGAUUGCUCUCAUUGCGACUGAGAAAUGAGUUGUACAAUCACCCGAUCUAUUCACUCCCAUCAUCAUUGACCUAUCUCAGCAUCAGAUCAAGUGUCCAGCCGAUCGAUCUACCACCGUCGCUCACCGAACUACACCUUGGAUACACAUUCAACAAUGUUAUCGAUAAAGGAUAUCUACCCCAAUCACUCAAGAUUCUCUCUCUGACUGGAUGCUUUAACCAACCUUUUGAGCCCGACGUGCUUCCAUCGUCCCUGCUCGAGCUCUCAAUCGGAUACUCAUACACCCAUUAUAUCCGCGUUGGUGUGCUCCCUCCAUUACUCAACAAGUUACAGUUCACCUCAAGAAUUUAUAAUGUUCUCGAGUCCAAGGCCAUCCCUGCAUCACUGCGAAGUUUGGCACUAUUCCAUUGUCCGCCAACGAUGUUUCCCUUGCCCCAGCUUACCAACCUCCGGGUGGCGAAGGGGACUCACUUCCCAAUUCAAAGCUUGCCAUCAUCGAUAACAAAACUCAACAUACUGGGUGACUUCAACGAUCCAAUCACAUCGACACCAAACUCUCUUGUCUCUUUGUCGCUCAGCGACAACUUCAAUCAACCCUUGGCUGCAGGAGUUUUCCCUCCAACUCUCAAAGAUAUCUUCUUUUGCACAGAGUUUGACAGCCCAAUAGAUGUUGGCGCAUUACCUGCCUCUCUAACCAGUUUGACAUUCACAAGAAAGGCCAAGUUCAAUCAGUUGUUGACACCGGGCGUCCUUCCAUCAUCAAUCCAAAGCAUUACAUUUGGUGCCAGGUUCAAUCAACCAUUCGUACCAGGCAUGCUACCUCCUUCUAUCACACAGCUGACUCUUGGGCAAGACUUCAACCAUCCUUUGGAGUCCAACGUGCUACCAUCGACCAUCACUCGCUUGGUAUUUGGCGAUGAAUUCAAUCAAGUUAUCGCAGUGGAUACCUUACCAAACAAACUCAAGCGAUUGGAAUUUGGUACCUGUUUCUCAGGCACAAUCAAUGAUGGUGCACUGCCCUGCACUUUGGAGAUGAUGUCACUCAAAGGCGCAAUUGGGGCACAGUACACUUCAUGUGCCUUUGUCAAUCAAAGUCUCGAGGUGAUACUAAACUCAAUCAUUGAUCAUGCCCAAUUGGUCAACUUGAAACCAAUCCAACAAUCAAUUCGAAUGAUCCGCGUGUCUGAACCGGUGCCAUCAAAGACCCUUACAGCCAAACAGCUUAUCUCUGGAUCGCUCCAGAUACUCAAGUCAUUCGUAACCAAUCACUUCCAAUUCUACUACACCUUCCAGUGUGUCGAGAUGCUAAGGAUCAAUCCAAACACAUUCAUAAUGAUCCAUGGCGGCUACGAAGUCACUACCUCAUCCCUAUCAGAUUUACUCGAUAUCAACAACAACAUGUUCAAUGUUCAUUCAACAAUAAACAUGAUAUUUUAA